CCUAGUGGAGUAUAACAAAAUAGAAAUAAUAAAGAGGAAAUUUGCAAAAUAGCGCCGCCGAAGUUGUAACCACGUCCACUACCCUCUCUGCGGCCGAGCUUUCUCUUCUUUUCUGGAGGCUCCACAAUUAAGCGGGCUUUUGACACCAUUAAAGAGAAUUUCAAGAAAAUACCCACAAAAUAGGAUUGGUUGUUUCAAACAACAGCUGCGAACUUGAAAUACCUGAUUUGAAUUAGGAUUGUGUGAUCCUUUGUAAUAUCUUUUUAGCAGGGGGAGCUAAUUAGCUAAGUUAAUUGGCUCUCUCUGCUUUUUUUGCAAAACCUGAAUCACUUCAUUUGUCGAAAGAACCUUAUUGUCAUCUACAUCCUCAUUUUUUGACGUUCCUUAGCUGAUUUGCUAUGGCAUCCUUGUCACAUUUUUGUGGGGUUAAAACUCCCUGCCCUUCUCUAUUCAAAAGAAGCGUGCACUUCCGGCAGCUUGAUUUUGUGGCUUCUGUCCCUUUUGCUUCUGUACCAAGUAAGUAUGCGAAGGCUUCUUGUUAUGAGAGAGUGCAGAGUGUGAUAUGUAAAGCACAAGCAGCUGAUGUAGUCGAGCUUAAAGAAACCAAGAAUGAAGCUUUUGGUGAAUUUACAUGCGUGAUGAAGUUUGGUGGUUCAUCAGUAGCCUCAGCGGAGAGAAUGAGAGAAGUAGCUGAUCUUAUUCUUAGCUUUCCUGAAGAGAGACCUGUUAUAGUUCUCUCUGCAAUGGGAAAGACAACAAACAACCUUUUGCUGGCUGGGGAAAAGGCUGUCACUUGUGGUGUUUCCAAUGUUUGUGAUCUGCAAGAAUUGGAUUUUAUAAAGGAUCUCCAUUUUAGGACAAUCGACGAACUUGGAGUAGAAAAGUCUACCAUUUCAAAGCAUCUACUUGAAUUGGAACAACUUUUGAACGGAAUUGCUAUGAUGAAGGAGUUGACUCCACGAACAAGGGAUUACUUGGUAUCCUUUGGAGAGUGCAUGUCCACAAGAAUAUUUACAGCCUAUCUGAAUAAACUCGGUGUCAAAGCCCGCCAGUAUGAUGCAUUUGAGAUGGGUAUUAUAACAACUGAUGAAUUUACUAAUGCGGAUAUAUUGGAGGCAACUUAUCCUGCUGUUGCAAAGAGAUUAAGUAGUGAUUGGAUGAAUAAUCCUGCAAUCCCUAUUGUCACUGGGUUUCUGGGAAAGGGUUGGAGGACUUGUGCUGUGACUACACUAGGUAGGGGUGGUAGUGACUUGACUGCUACAACCAUUGGUAAAGCAUUGGGAUUACGAGAAAUUCAGGUUUGGAAGGAUGUUGAUGGUGUUUUGACGUGUGAUCCCAACAUAUAUCCACGUGCACAGCCUGUGCCUUAUCUAACUUUUGACGAGGCAGCUGAACUUGCAUACUUUGGCGCACAGGUCCUUCAUCCACAGUCCAUGAGGCCGGCAAGAGAGGGUGAUAUUCCUGUUAGGGUUAAAAAUUCAUAUAAUCCUAAAGCUCCUGGUACCCUUAUCUGUAGAGCAAGAGAUAUGAGUAAGGCAGUACUUACAAGUAUUGUUCUGAAACGAAAUGUAACCAUGUUGGAUAUUGUGAGUACCCGCAUGCUCGGUCAAUUUGGUUUCCUUGCAAAGCUUCUUCAGGUUUUCUCCAUCUUUGAAGAUUUAGGUAUAUCGGUUGACGUUGUUGCGACAAGUGAAGUUAGUAUUUCCUUGACAUUGGACCCAUCAAAACUUUGGAGCAGAGAACUGAUUCAGCAGGCAAGCGAGCUUGAUCAUGUCGUGGAAGAACUUGAGAAAAUUGCGGUUGUGAAUCUACUUCAACACAGAUCAAUCAUCUCUCUGAUUGGGAACGUCCAGAGGUCCUCGCUGAUUCUCGAAAAGGCUUUCCAUGUUCUGCGUACCAAUGGGAUCAAUGUUCAAAUGAUCUCUCAAGGUGCAUCGAAGGUCAAUAUCUCAUUGAUAGUAAAUGAUAGUGAAGCAGAGCAAUGUGUAAGGGCUCUCCACAAAACAUUCUUUGAGAGUGAUCUUUCUGAACUAGUCUGGGAAAAUGGAUCAGGAAAUGGACAUGUUACUCCCUUAUCCACCUUGUCCACUUGAGUUUCGCCUUAAUAUGUUUCUUCUUCCAAAUAAUUGUCUGAGGAAAUUAACGAUUAUAGUAGUGUUGUUUUUGGGUGGGUGGAGUUUUGUCCUAGUAAUUUUUAUCUUUUGUAGCAACUAGUCGCAUUCUACUUAAGUUAUCUUUAUUGGAGAAAAUUCGAUUACCAUGCCCAAGAAGAUUGUGGACAAGUUCUACAAAAUGUGCAACUCAUCUUGUUAAGCCUACUCAGAUGUUCUAUAUAAGUGUCGAAUUAUGUUAUUCACUAA